AUGGUUCAAUUCGUUACUAUUCUUGCUGCUCUUGCUAGUCUCGGCGCUUCUACUGUUUUUGCUGCUCCUUCUGGUGGUGUCACCAUUAAAAUUCAAAACAAAUGUGGUAAUAAGCUUCAAGUCAAUCAAAUGACCAAUGGUGGCGGUAGUCAAUCCGUUUCUGUAGCCGCUGGCGGCUCCACAACUUUCAAUGUAGCUCCUAACUGGGGUGGUCGUGUUUGGGCUAGAGAAGGCUGCGACGGUGGCGCUGACUGUGAUGCCGGCGCUCCCGCUUCUCUCGCAGAAUUCCUUUUCAAGGGUGCUAAUGGCGAAGACUAUUACGAUGUCUCUUUCGUUGACGGUUAUAAUCUUCCUAUUUCUAUUUCCCCCAAUGGUCAAAGUGGUAAUGGUUAUAGUUGUGGUUCUCCUACUUGUGCCUCUUUGCCUGAGUGCCCUUCUGAACUCCAACAUACUGGUGCUGGCGGUAGCAGUUGUAAGUCUGCCUGCAGUGCUUUCGGUACUGAUGAAUAUUGUUGCACUGGCGCUGCUGGUCGUGGUGUUUGUACUGAUAAUGCUUACUCUUCCAAGGUCAAGGCUGUUUGUCCUGAUGUCUAUACCUAUGCCAAUGAUGAUAGCAGCUCCAUGUACGCUUGCAAGUCUGAUGGUUACACUGUUACUUUCUGCCCUUAA